AUGAAGACAUUAGGCUUGCUCGGUGGCAUGAGCUGGGAGUCCACCGUGACUUAUUAUCAGGAAACCAACCGUCGCGUGCGGCAAGUCAAGGGCGGCCUGCAUUCCGCUCAUUGUAUCGUCUUCUCCUUCGACUUUGCUGAGAUCGAGGCACUCCAGCAUGCGGGAAAGUGGGAUGAGGCCGGCCUGCUUCUGGACGAGGCGGCCGUGAAGCUGAAGCUGGCUGGCGCAGAGGGGAUUGUGCUGUGCACCAACACCAUGCACUUUGUCUCGCUUAGCAUCGAGAGCGCUUCCCAACUCCCUCUCAUUCACAUCGUCGACCCCACGGCCCAGGCCAUUUUGAAAAGGGGGUACAAAUGUGUCGGCCUCUUGGGCACGCGUUUUACCAUGGAGAAAGACUUCUACAAAACCCGACUCACGGAAGAAUUCGGGCUACGCGUCAUUGUCCCGGAGGAGGAAGGCCGAGCAACUGUACACGAUGUGAUAUAUACCGAGCUCUGCAACGGAAUAAUCAACGAAACCUCACGAGAAAACUAUUGCAAGAUUAUUGCCGACCUCAAAAAGGCAGGCGCAGAUUGUCUUAUUCUAGGAUGCACUGAGAUAGGACUCUUGGUAGAUGAGGCCAGGAGUGAGCUGCCAGUGUUUGACACCGCUCAUAUUCACGCGGUAGCUGCUGCUGACUGGGCAAUGGGAAUUGAUGGUUGA